CUAGGUCCUGUCCAGUGACACUUGUGAAACUCUGUCCAGUGCUUUCAGCCGGCUGCUGUGUGUAUGGGGACAUCAGGCAAUGCUCCCUGGACCACAGGGUUCAGGGACCUGUGGUUGGCACUGGUGACGGCGGGCCUCUGAAAGAGGCAACGGCUACAAGGUUUUACCUCUUGUGCCCAGGCACCCAGAAGAGCCCGCAAGAGAGUGGAAGGCACAGCCAGCUCCAACGUCUUCUCGAUGUUCGACCAGUCCCAGAUUCAGGAGUUUAAAGAGGCCUUCACGAUCAUGGACCAGAACCGCGAUGGCUUCAUUGACAAGGAGGACCUGAGGGACACCUUUGCUGCGCUGGGUCGAAUAAAUGUCAAGAACGAGGAAUUGGAAGCCAUGGUGAAGGAGGCUCCAGGGCCCAUCAACUUCACAGUCUUCCUGACCAUGUUUGGGGAGAAACUCAAGGGCACGGACCCAGAAGAGACCAUACUGCACGCCUUCAAAGUGUUUGACACGGAAGGAAAAGGCUUUGUCAAGGCUGACUUCAUUAAGGAAAAGCUUAUGACCCAGGCUGACAGGUUCAGCGAGGAGGAGGUCAAGCAGAUGUUUGCAGCUUUCCCGCCAGAUGUCUGUGGCAACUUAGACUACAGGAAUCUGUGCUACGUCAUCACACACGGCGAGGAGAAGGACUAGAUGUGUCUCCUCCAUACUUAGAGUCAGCCAAGGUGGGGUGGGGUGGGCGGGGGGGCAGUGCGGGGCUGACAUAGGUAGGGAAACAGUCUCCAUCGCCCCCGGAGUCUGGGGCUGAAGCCGGAAUAAAUAACAGAGA